CUGGGGACAAAGAUAUACGGGAUAUCUUUGCAGAUGAGCUGCUUUUGAGGAGGGCUCCAUCACCCAGGCUUGCCUUCCCAUAAGGCUCCCAUGUGUGGGGGAGAUGGCUAGCCUGCAGGAGUGGGAGGGAAGGGCAGGAGAGGUACAGCUGGAGGAGGCUCCACGGAAAGACUGUGGAAAAGCAGACAGCAGGGAGAUAAAGAGGGACAAGUCACCCACUGCAAGCUGAAAUGCAGAGGGGGUGGUGAGUAGGAGAAGAGCUGGGAGGCAGAGAUUUGGAAGCCUUGUCACAGGAGGACUGGCCUCAAGAGCACAGAGCAGGGGAAAGUUAAGGCCCUACAAACAGCUAUCAUGGUGACUCUUCUUUUCCUCUUCUGUAUCCUCUUGCCCUGCACUAAAUCCCAGGAGGACUUUCUGGACCAUCAUCAGAAAUGGAACUACAGAGAAGGCGCUGACAAGGUCAACAUAGAAGGCAUUAACAGCAUUACUCAAACACUUGAGAAAUGGGGGAACGGCAUCUUCUGGCAAAUGAAGCACACCCUGCUGAACAACCCAAACGCUUUACUGCCCGAGUUCUCCAGUCUCCGUCCUGUCUCUGCAGCUGUGGACAAUCUCGUGAGGGAAGUUCAUUCAAUAAGGAAAAGGCUAGAAGAACUGGACGAACGCCUCAAUGUCAUCAGCAAAACUGUCCUUCCCAUCCGAAUGAACGCUCUGCAGAGCCAGAGGCGUGGAAAUACUCAGCUGAGGAGUCUUCCAAUGCAUAGGAGAAGGUUGUAUGCUCGCAGGAGACCUCAGAGGAGUUAAUUCUCUAAAAAAAAAAAAAAGAAAAAAAAAAGAGGAAAAUGUUUUAUUUUCAUCUGCUUAAGCCUUUCUCAGUGGGAUGCUGCCAGAAAGAAUGAAGUAAAGCACAUGCAAGUCAGCUUUACUGAAGAGACCAGAACUUCUGCAUUUUGCUGCUGCCUUUCAAACCUAGGUCAGUAGGUGAAAUCUGACUCUGUUCUUCAAUGAUGGCUGUUUUGUGUCCCAUUCAAAAUGAGUUGACAAGCUCAGUCUGCUUGAGUGUGAAUACCCUCAGUCAUUCUUUCUGCUUACCAGAGGAAGCUCUUUCUAUAAAGAUCAGGUGUCCUAUUUUUACAGCAGUCCACCUGAAACGGGUGGGGAAUUUGGUCUUCAACUAUGCUAAAUGCCUGACGAAUGCAGACAGAGAAGAAAGUAUGUUUAACACAGAGCCUUAACCUAUUCUCCAUCAGUGCAAAGAAUGUCCUGUUCACACAUUCAGAGGGUGGGUAGGGUUGGAUAACCUUGGUCUGUACAUCAUGUUUCAAGACUGAAGAUGUGUCAGAUACCAGGGACCAAAUGUGAACAUCUAUCUUCUGCAGAGUAGUUUUUUAGACACCUGGAACUGGGCACUCAAAACCUUGUUAUUCAGCAGGUAUGUUUAGAAUUUCCAGAACUCUGAAAGACAUUGCACUGGCUUCUGACAAGAUCCUUGGAAACCUGGGGAUGUUUUUGCAAAACUAUUUAGAGUGUAAGAGACAGCUCAGUCCCCAAAUUCAGAGAUAAUAAAUGAGCUCGUGUCUAAUUUGCACAGUAUCUUCUCUACAUGCAAGCACAGACUUCCAGACAUUUCCCAACAUGCUGUAGCACUAUUAAGAUUUGUAGAAAAAGAACAGCUAUGCACCUCAAGGACUUUGGCGCCUUGGGGAGUACCCAGAAUACCCUGUCUUCAGCUUGUUUUUGCCUGUGGUUUCCUGACAAUAAAACUGGUGAUAAAGGAACAGUGCAGAAAUCAAAUUAUGCCCUGAACAGAGGAUGAAGUGGGCUUGCCCUUCAAGUCUCUGAAGGUAAAUCCAAAACAGAGAUUCCCAUCCUGUGUUGCAGCCAACUACAUACCAUAAAUCUAUCAAAACAUAGGCAGGAGAGUUGUUGUUUGUUUUUUUUCCAAAGGCCUGGAUGAAGCAAUUUAUGAGAACAAAAAUAAAGAAUGGAUUAUGUCUAAAUGGUUGUGGGGGAGGCUGGCAGGACAGAUGUUUUGCAAACAUUCUCCAGUCAUAAACAAUGAGGAUGCAGACUAGCUAUUUAAGGAUUCCCAGGGCCUGAGUUUAUGGAAAGAAGUUCAGUAACACUACAAUAACCUCCAGAGAGAAAGGGAAGAACUAGUUUUACAUGAAAUCUUUCAAAAUGAACCAGAAGUAACACAGUCAUCAUUUUGGCUGGGACUUGGGAGCUGAGUGGGGUAGAUAUGAGGCAUGUAUGAGACAAUAUGGUAAAUAUUUCCUGGAUGUAGAUUCUCUGAGUUUAGGUUUUCAGAAAAUAACGGAACUCCAACUUGGAAGGUUUUUCUUAGGCUUUUGCUUGGGAAUGUGAGACACUACUUAACUAGACAAAGGAAAAAUCAAGCCUAGGAACAAGCUGAUAAAAAGAUACAGUUGGGCCUUUGGUGAAGUUGUCAUAAUAAUUUCUCAGGAAAUGUAGAGUGUUUUGAUACCAGAAUAUAUUCACCUAAGUUACAAGGAAUCACAGGAGUGAAAGGUCCCAUCAAUCUCCCCCUUGUUAUUCUCCAUUCAGAGCUACUAGGCCAUGCUGUAGCAUCAGCUGCAUGGUUGCACAGACUGCUGGUCCCUCCAGGGGAUGCUUUACACACUUUGCUUAGGGCUGCUGGGACUGCUGGUCACUUUGGGUUAUCUAGAGGAAGAAUACAUCAUAAAUGCGAGCUUUCGUGUUCAUAUUUUAGACUUGAACAUUUUAUCAGGCUACCUGAAGUUGUAUAAAAUGCAAUGUGAAACAGAAGGAUGAGAAUUCUGGCUCAGGGAAGUCCCUCAGUCACAGAUGGCUGGAGGUAGAAGGCCAGACCAGAUCACUACAUGCUUUUACUUUUUACCUAGAUGUCCACUGCCAGCUUCUGCCAGAAAGAGAGGACUGGGCAAGAUGGACUUCUGGUCUGACCCAGUCCAUGUGUUCCUACAUUGAUAUGUGCAAGUUGGUAUUUUUGGCAAAACUUGGCAGCUCAAUGGAGAAACUCACUGAUUAUUUUAAAAGAGAACAAAUCAGCUGCAGCACUCUAUGUA